AGAGCUCAGGUUCUUUUGCUGGUCUCCUGGUUUGGUAGCAGCUGACAGCAGUAGCUGCUGGGUUUGUGGGUUCUUGCUGCUGAAGCAAUGAGGUUUUCAUUAAGUUGGCUGUUGUUGUUGUUACUUCUCACUGUUGGAAGUCAUCAAGCAAACGAUUCAGGUAGUCGUUACCCCAGAGUGAAUGCUUCAUGGCGCAGCGAGUCAAAUGCUGCUCAUACUUUAACCCUGAAUGCAAAGGUAGUGAAGUCUGGUUUGCAGUCACGGGUCCCCCGGCAGCAGCAUAAACCUCAGGCACCCAUUCAGCGUGUAUGCUGGCACAGCUCAAAGGCUUUGUGCUUUCCCCAGAAGGCCCAGCAGUUCACCAGUGCACCACAGCUUCCCAGACAGCAGGUUGACUCCCUAUCUUGGGCAACCCAGCCAAAGUGGAAGCCUUCCUGCCCGCCCAAGCACUUCUGCCAAUCCAAGGAGCCUCGGGUGUCCCACCGGCCUGGUUCUCCACUCAGGCUGCCUGGUUUCCUGCCCCAGUGGCCUGACCGUCCACUUUACCAGCUUCAGAGACCUCACUAUCAGGCCAAGUGGCCACUAUACUCACUCCAGAUGCCUCAGUACCAUGCAAAAUUGCCACACUACCAGCCUUACUACCAGUCCAAGCGUCCACACUACAUGACUGUCUUGCCCAUCUACAGGGGGAAAGUUAUUGGUCUAUCCAGGCAAGCAACUCCAGUAUCCCCACCAGGCACAGAACGUGGUGCUAAUGUAAUAGCCACACAAAGGGACCAAUGGUCAUGGAAAACGAUUAAUGAGAUAACUGGUUUUCAAUGGCCUUUAUUCAUGAAUGUUUUCUCUUAGGCACAGCAAUGUUGAGCCUUCUGAAUCGUUGUACGGACCUUCCCAAUUAAAAUAACUUUCAUCUUGACUCUCUAAGCAUUUACUGAAUGAUUUGGUAAUAAAGUUUGACAAGAUGUGUGUA